UAGGUAUUCAGUCCGAAGUAAAAAGGAGAACGUGUUUCAUAAGAAUAUUCUGCUAAUUAAUCAUUCAAUUUCGCUAAAACCAUCUUCUAAAUUGUAGAAAAAUGCCUAGGAGAGGAAGAUCACCGUCACCGUCAGCGAGGAUGACACCUCCUCGGUCAAGGUUACCGGCUCCGGCACCACAGGCUGCCCCUGCCCAUCCACCAGCAGCUCAGCCGAGAUCCCCUGGUUUGUUCGGACAGAUAGCUUCCACAGCAGCAGGAGUAGCUAUUGGCCACACAGUGGGGCAUGCCAUCACUGGCGGUUUGAGUGGUGGAUCUAGUCCAGAACAGCAACAGCCUGCUCAACCAGCCUACCCUCAGCAGCCAGGCUCCCCCCAGCAACAAGAUCAGUACAACCAAAACCCCUGUAAUUAUGAACUCCAGCAGUUCCUCAACUGUGCCCAAGGCCAGAGUGAUAUUUCCCUUUGCUUUGGAUUCAAUGAAGCUCUUAAACAAUGCAAGCUAUCUCAUGGGCUUCAAUAACAUCAGCAUUAUUAGGAAAACGUCUCGCAUUCUAGGAGUAUGUGCUACAGAAUCUGAAAAUGUUGUGACUAUGAUGACAUGGUAUCAUUCUUACGGCAAAUGGACAUGACGGACAAAACAUUCAAAAAACAAUUUUAAUGGAUGUAAUAAAAAAACAAUUGCGAGUUUCGAAUAUCAGCAAGAAUUCAUUGAGUCUAGUCUUGAUGAAUUCUUGAUAUCAGUGAUUGUCGGCCAAUAUGGUUUGCAGAGCCAAUGGAGUAUUGAUGCCUUUUUAUUGGAUUCUGAACAGUGCUUUGUUGUUCAUACAUUGUUCAUGUAGGAUAGUUAGUGAAGAUACGACAAACAUAAUCUGAUCUUGAAUUAUUUCUUCUGGAAGGGAGGUCUUUUAAAAUAACAUAAUUCUGAUUGAGUCUAUGAAUUCUUUUAGGUUUCUUUGAUCAUGUUCAUUUCUGGCGUGAAUUUUGUUUCCUUUACGACGGCUUUCAACCUAAUAUCCAUCACUUGAUUUUAACUGAACAGAUGAUGAAUAAUGAAUUCCAUCUGUAAUUUUUGUUAUCUAUUUGUGUGGCACGAUUGUUUGUAAUUAUAGAAUUCGAAUUCAAAUAGAUAAUGUUAUUUGUAAAUAA